UUAUUAUACGAGUAGUCGAGAAUACAAUUGCACCGAAAAAAAGGAAGUUAGUCGCCUUGUAUACGUCGGUAUGGAUGUCUCGAGACAUUCAGGACAUGCAGAUUACGAAUGGUUCAUUACGUUAAAUCGAGCUUGCUUAAGGCUUUUGGGAAUGUGGCCGGAAACGGAAAAGAGUGGACGAAGGAGAUGGAUGACCGACGCUCGUGUGAUUGUUAUAUUAAUCAUAAUUAUUUGGAGCAGUGCUAUUCCGACUUUUCAUUCCCUUAUCAGAAUAUGGGGCGACAUCACAUCUAUGAUUGAUAACUUGCAGUACAGUUUGCCACUUCUGAUAUCAAUAAUGAAAUUCGUUUUAAUGUGGCAAAAGAAAAAUGCUCUGAUACCAAUUCUGAAAAUGAUUGAAAAGGACUGGACGAGAUUAAAGACAGAAAAAGAACAAGCGAUUAUGGUAAGACGUGCACAAACUGCACGUCUGAUAAUGAUAUGGGGAUAUUUCGUAAUGUUCAUUUCAUUUAUUCUGGUCGUGAUCUUUCCCGGCUUUGGCAUGUCAUUGAGAUAUCUAACAAAUAUUACUGAUCCGGGUAGAUUGAUGCCUCUGCAGACGUAUUACUUAUACAAUGUAAAUAACAGUCCAUUUUAUGAAAUGACUUUCGUCCUACAAGGCUUCAGUUUGAUGGCAGCCGCGCCCAUAUACACCGGUACGGACACUUUCAUGGGAUUUCUUAUCUUCCACGUAUGCGGCCAACUCGAGAACCUCAGAGCGCGUAUACUCGAUCUGGAAUUUAAUCGCUUCGACUCUCUAUUGUUCAACAUAAUGACACAAGGUCGGAAUCUCUCCAUCGCUCGAUUAAUUUACAUCUUAAUAUCCUUCAUGAAUACAUUCACGCAUAUGUGUCUUUAUUGUGCGGUAGGCGAAGUUUUAGUUAUCCAAUGCAAUGGGAUUUAUGAAGCUGUUUGCCAAUACAAGUGGUACAACUUGAAGCCGAAACAAGCGAAAAAUCUCCUAUUUAUGAUGAUGCAAGCCAAGAAACCGCUAUAUCUUACCGCAGGAAAGCUCUUUCCUAUGACGAUGACUACGUUUUGUGGCUUAUUAAAAACAUCGGGUGGUUAUAUAUCGGUCUUACUGGCACAUCGUAAUUGAAUUAGGGACAUUCAUCUAGAAAUCGACGCGAU